AUGACUGAAGGACAGCUCUUAACUGAUGAUUUAGAAAUGCUUACAGCAUUAUAUGAUUUCGAGGCAACCUUAGCAAAGACUCUGAGUUUUACGGAAGGCGAUUUUUUUUAUCUUCAACAAAGUAACACUAAGCAAAGGAAUUGGUGGCAUGUUGUUAAUAGAAAAGGUCAAGUGGGCUUUGUGCCUUCAAACUACGUUGCUUCAGUCAAGGUCGAGCCAGAUUAUUUUCUUUCAUUCUUGAAUGACUGCAUAAAGAGUUUAAAUGAAACCAAUGCAAUGACGCCUCAGAAGCAAGAGACAUUGACGAAGCUGUAUGAAAAGAAGAAGCAACUGCAAGCUCUUGUGAAGCCGAGUAAAAAGCAAGCUGCUCCAAAACCUCCUCCACGGCUAGAUGACAACACACCUCCAAAUGGGGUCUCACCAUCAUUUGAUCUGCGUCCCGUUGUAUCACAACAGCAUAUUUCUGAAGAAAAAUCAUGCUCAUCCCCAUCUAAAUCACUGAACAGCAAUGCAUAUAAAGAUAAUGAUGAAGACAAGAAGGGCUAUUCCAAAUCUGCCUCUAACCAGUUGUCAUCGGACACAGAAAACCAAGAUGACAGUCAGGAUAGCAGUGAAAGUAUUAAACCAAAUGCUAUUUAUGAGAUUGUUCAAGCUGUGAGAAAAGAAACUCAAUUAAGUCAUGAAAUGUCCAAAGUUGCAGUGGAAACUGUUCUGAUCUCCUUAAGGGAAUUUCUCCCUGGUGGUGCUGCAAGGUCCAUAAUAGAUGCGCUACUACGAGAAGCAAACAGCAACAUAACAUGUCCAAAGAAUGCUAUUGAUGCUGCACCAGAUGCGUUGCGAAUGAUGACAGCACUGAAUGCUCUAUCGAAGGCAGCAAAUGAUGCACAGCAGCGAGGCUGGGCUUUACACGAUGAUGCCCAUGAUAUACAGACACAGUUAUUGGAACUUAUCUCAGUCAUGUCGAAUGCUGAUGUCAAUAUAUCCCAGCAUGUGCUGAGUAGUCAUCGUUAUGCGUAUGUGACAACCCUUGUGCAGUACUACCAAAUGGAAACACGUUGGCCGCUUAGACAACUGUUGUUGCAAGCAUUUGGUGUAAUGUGCGGUUUAGAACGCACGGCGUUGGCAACCCUGGCCUUAUCAGCUUUACCAGCAGAAAUAGCUCGUGACAUGCGCGACAACCCUCGCGCCGUCAGCCGUUUGUCGCACUCAGCGCUACUACUGUCCAUGGUCUUAUCCAUGGGGGAUAAACUUCCCAUCACGCACUUCGAACAAUUAGGAGUUGACUUUGCGCAAUUUCUCCUAGAACUUAUCGAAAAUCCUCCGGAGACAGACGUUGAUGAACAAAUACCCGAUUUAUUCUUAACAUUACUCCUCGCGUACAAUCUUCAAUUCGAGAGUCCUUUCGAAAAUCUUCUGCUAAACGCCUUAGAGGUGAUGGAUAACGCUAAAACAUUUUGUGAAAAAGUUCUACUGUUGCUUAAUCGAGAGGAAGAUCCGGUCCACAUAUUCGAUCACGAACCAGCCCCGGCCCACUCCGUGUUAAAGCUGGUUAUAGAUUUAUUCAGUCGCAAGAAGACCGCUGAACAUUUCUACACCAACGACGUUAAAGUUGCCAUCGAUAUAGUCGUAAGGCAACUAGCUGAUCUAUCGCCCGGGGAUUCGCGUCGUCAACAAUACUUGAAGAUACUCCAAGGUAUAAUCCGCAAUACAGACUACGGUGCCCAUUUACACCGAAGAGAUGAUCUCCUUAGAUGCUUUGCUAGAAUAUUCUGUGAAGAAGGUGAUAUAAGUCGUGAUGACCAGACACUAGUAAGAGCCAUAUCUAACGAAUUCCCACAGUACUUUAAAGCCUAG